UUUCUCCACAGACAGGAAUAAAAAGGGUGUAAAUUGGAGAAAGUGAUGACUGACAGAAGCCUGCAUUUUCAUCACUUCUUCUCCAGGGAGAUUCCAGAGACUACAGGCUCUGAGAAGCUGAAUAUGUCCACAUCCAAGAAGCACCAGACGUUUUGUAGCCAGUCCAUGGCGGGCAAGCCUGUGACUGCUCUGCCUGGCAUCGGCAAGGCAAACGGAGGCCGCCUGCAAGGUCACGGCACAGGCAGUGCUACUCAAGUUCUGGGCCGCUACCUCGUGAAUGAAGGCAACCAGUCGCAGUUCCAGAGCUGGCUGAAGGAAAACAGUGGAGCCAACAGCAAACAUAGUGCUGACUGCUACAAUGGUGUCAGAGAAUGGUCUAACAACAAUCUGUAAUGUCUCUCAGACGUCUGUCUGUGAGCUGCGCUGCUUCUUUUUUUUAUAAGCUUCCCAAAUGAGAGGAAAAAGAUGUCUAGCAUUUUCUUCCUUCUUCUUAUGUACUCAGUGCAGUCACAUCAAUAAAACAGACGACUCUUGGUGAAA